ACCCAAACCCACACGCCAUCUGACGCAAAACAGCCACGGCGCCAACUUCAGCUAAUGAGAUAUGCAUUGUGCGGCAUUAUCGAAACUGAGAGCUGCAGACCCUUUAAGCAUUGCCACCUCACUGCUGUCUGUUACAUCAGCCACUAUUCAAACAACAAAGUCACUCUAUGACACCGUCCAACAAUUUAACAAUCAGAACAAAUCUCUACAUAGGCUCCAAGAUGAGCUUGAGGAGCUCACCAAUAUUUUAUUCGCUUUAACAGAGGUGACUAAUGCUGAGACCUCAAUGUCAGCACUUCUUCAAGCUCCUAUUCAUCAAUACAGCCAAAUAUGCCGCGAGUUCGAACAAUCAUUAAAAGCCUUCAGUGGGAAAUCGAAGACAGGUUCUCGAGAUUGGGCAAAAAUGGAGUUCAUGAGGGGAGAUAUCAAUAAGUUUAUACACACUAUUGCAGCGUAUAAGUUAACUAUCUCAGUCGCGCUAGGCACUUUUACUAUGUUAGCCAUAAUUUUUCAUCUAUAUUAGUCUCUGCUGACAUCUACACAUCAGGAAUACCUCAAUAGUCUCCC